AUGAUAAAAAAAAAUUCAAAGGAUUUAAAAAACUCAUCACUGAAUUUGAGCUUGCUAAAUGGGGAAACGGAAGGAGGAGGAGACACAGCAGAGGCUGACGAGGAUGACCGUUUGGGGGUGGAAGCAGGUGUUGACAAAAUACCAAGGAAAAAGCUAACCAAUUUAAUCAUCCUGGAUAAGGGGGCAGGGAUAGCCAAAUUUAAGAGGUUUUCUCGGUUGAAGACGCUUGGGAGGUCAGGGGGCGCUACAUAUGAAGCGACAUGCCAGGUGGAAGAGGAGAUGCAAGAGGAAGAAGCGCAACCAGAAUGCCAAGGGGAACCCGCCGAUAAUUAUCCCUCAUAUAAGAAUCCCGGUAGUACCUACCUGAGCAAAAGCAACGGAAAAAAAAGUUCCAAGGGAACAGGAAAGCGUGAUGGUAGUCCAAAGGUGAGGCGAAAAUUUUCUGCUCUCCUAGGAAUGAUAGGUAAAAAAAAAAACGUCAAAGAUUAUGAUGAUCUCAAAAAAGAGGAGGUCGAAAGUUCGACGAGUUGCAUACCUUUCGGUGGAAGCGGAAUUUCUUUGAGCACAUCAGGGGAUGAAAUAACGUGUCCAAAAAUGGUGAGUGCGGAGUUGCCCGUUUUCACCACAGAAAGUUCUCAAUCAGGGAGGAAGGAAUGUCUAUACCAUUGUGAUAAUGGCGAGGGAAGUUUGAAGGAGUCGCGGACUGGGUCAGAGAAAAAGGAAAGGGGAAAGGCGCAAAACGAGGCAAACGCUAAAAGAGCAGAAGGGGCAAAUUCCGAAGAGUGCCGAAAAUAUGAUGAAUGGAAAGAGGUGAAGGGGCUCGCCGCAAGCGAAGCAGACCAUAUCCACCGCAUCCAUCGCCCUGUCCGUGUGGAGAGAAAUAACAUGCCGUGUCUAGAGAACAUAAAACAACUGCUUCACCUGUCUGAUGAGGAAAUGAAGGACUUGGUCCAGAUAUCCAGCUUUCAGAUAGAUCUAGACAUAAAUACCAUUUACUCUAACUUACUCAAGGAAAGUAGCGAAAGCUCUAUAUCUACAUACAAUAUAAAUAACAAUAAGAAUAUUUUUGACGUAAGACAAUUUAGAGGACAUUCAAAUGAAAAAAUAACAACCUAUAAGGAGACCUCUUCUCUGAAUUGGGUUACAUAUGUGUGUAACAUCUCUAUUCAAGAGAGCUUCUAUUUUUGUUAUAAUAUAUAUGAGGAACCUUCCUCUUCGAUUUACUGCUCUGCUGCUUCCAACGGGGAGACCUCCCUGUGGGAAAAUUGCUCCGGGAUAAAUUUACAGAACCAAGGGAAUAAUAAAAGGGAAGAAAAAGAAGAAAAAAGAAAAAGUGUCCAAUUGGAUAAUACAGGAGGAGGUCUAAAUGCGCACAUCCAGAAGGAGAUAAAAAAAGAGAAUUACUUAAUGACAAAUGAAUACAUCGAUAGCAGCUUUGAUGAAAUAUAUUACAUUCAGAGGAUUAAUGCAGAUAACGAUUCAUUGUUCGUUUUUGCUAGAAUUUAUGAGAUAUAUAUUUUUUCAAAGAAAUGGAAUAGGAAUGGAAGUGGUGGAAAGGGUAGUGCAAAUAUAGAGGGGGAGACACUUUCUGAUGAGUCCUCUCCAUGCAGCACGAAUGUUUCUGUGUAUGUGCUCGUAGUUUUAAAAAAUAACCUCCUUAAAUAUAUCAUAAGAAAAAAAAUACUUAACCAAAUUAGCAGACGCGUAGAAAAAUGGAAAAAACACAUCAUCAUAAAAGCUGAACUUAUUAAGAACGAUUCCGUACCAUUGUGUAUUCGAAUGAUUGAAAGAAAUGAUCAUAUUGUAGAUUACGUCGUUAAAAAUGUAGCAUACUUUUUCGAUAAUUAUUUGCGAGAUUUCCUCCACCUCCUUGUUGUACAUGUGAAUGACUUUUUUGGUUUAGGUGAAAAUAGGACUCUGGAAAAUUAUUUCGAACGCUCAAGUAAAAAAAUGUAUCAUUUCGUUGAGAAGAAGAAAGUUCGCCUGCGAAACAUGUAUAAUGAUAUUGUAAAAAAAAAUGAGGACAAAAAAAAGAAAAAAAAAGUAAAACAAGGUAUCCAGGCUAACCAGAAGAAGUACACAUUUUUUACAUAUCUGUUUAAAGGGAAGAAGGAACAUAAAAUGGUUGACUCUCCUCCGAAGGAUGAAUAUUCAUUUUGGAUUUCCAUUUUUGAGCCAGCCUUUUAUUAUAUCACCUCAAAUACAGUGGCACACAAUUACAUCAUUUAUAUGAACCAUAUUUAUUAUAGAAGACUACUUUUUUUGUAUCUUUUCGUUUUUGUAGUUUACUUAGUAGUAAGCCCUUGUCCAGUGGGUGCCCUGUAA